CAAAUAAAACACUGUUAUUCUUUGUGCUUAAUUAGGAUAAAACUAUACUAAAACUACAAGUUGUCUUCAUAAAAAUAAGAGCUUUUCCAGAAGAAUUUGUUAUUUGUUACUUUCUACCGUCACGAAACGUAUAUUGAUAGAGAGAAAUUGCUUCGUGCGUCCAUAUUCUGCAAAAGACGCAAGAAUCACCGGUAGUUUUCUAAAACUUGUACCGCGACACGACAGUCUGAAUCGUUUGUGUUUUCAAUUUUAGCCUGUAAUUGAAACACUGGUAACAAAAUUGAGACAAAUAAAAGAUCUUCUCGAAAUUAUAGAAGUUAACUGUUAUUGGCUAGUACUUUAGUCUAGUUCUGACAAAAAUGGCCACCGACUUCAGCAUCGAAGCACUGCUUGACAUGCCAAGGAAAAAGAACUGCCUCUACGAAAGGAAUGCAAAUGGAUUGAGAAGAAAGCUUUUGGAGUCACCGAAUGUUGGCUUUUGUGCGUUAAAAGCGGAUGACAUAAGCAAAAACUCCGUUGCUAUGCAAAAUUCAAAUGAAAUGAGUGGCGUUUCCGAGAAAGACUUAACGACAGUUCCUGUAACGACGAGAAAGUCCAUGAAACCGCGACGAAAGCGCACCGCUUUUUCCAACAUUCAACUGUAUUUCCUGGAGCAGUUUUUUCAAAAGAAAGCCUAUCCAACGAGCCAGGAGAGAAAUUUCAUCGGAAGUAUUCUGAACAUUGGUAGCGGUCAGGUGAAGACCUGGUAUCAAAAUCGAAGGACAAAAAUGAAAAGAAAUAAGGAAUUUGACCAUGGUUCCGUAGAAGCACAAGAAUCCGCGCCCUCUGAGAAGCUGAAUGUGAAUUUUGUUGGAGAAGCAGCGCAUUCUCCAGGUUCACUGAAACUUUCAAACACUUUCAACAUUAGUGGGAAAAAUGAUGAAAGCAGAUUACGGAGUCAUACAAUUUCAAACCGACCAGAUAAUCAUAUUUCCAUAUCUCAUUGUUACUACAAAUCUACCCGUAUUGCCAGCAAUCUUUUAAUCCAGCGGCAAAAUAUGUCCAUAAAUCAUCGUUGAUUCACAUGAAUUAUUCAUCGAAAACCUCUACUUUUGGCUGGGAUGCAAAACAAAGAACGACAAUCACUUUAUAUGAAAAGAAAAAGUCUUGAUGUUCAGUUCAAUGGCUUUUGUGUGUGCUUAAAGGUCAAAUGAGUUGAAAGUUUGUAUGUUGUAGGCAGUUUUUUUUUUAGUUUUACAAUGAGAGAACAUUGAAACGUUGCUGUUAUCAAGCAUUACUUGCGCAUUAACAUGUGUGAAGUGAAUAAACAAUUUUAAAAUAUGCGUUUCUUUGUAGCGGAAAUAAUCCAAGUUAAAACCACUUAGAUAGAAUGUAAACGAUCUAUGGAAAUAUAUGUAUACAAAUAUUUUCUUUUUAUCCCGGGAAAUUGUGGACUUGUAGAAACAAGUUUAUAUUUACCAUCGAGAUUACAUUCUUAUUCCACAUGUAAAACUACAUAUAGUCACAGAAUUCCAGUUUUCACUCAGCUGGUGUAUCCACUUUGAAUAAAGACAGUUUUCCUUCA